AAAUAAAUGUUAUUACAAAAAUAGAUUGAUUUUAUUACCUAACCCAAAAGAGAAUAAUAUUUAGAAUAGUACUAUCUCAAGUGCAACUUUGUAAAGAAUUAAUGGAUUAAAAUCAAUUCAGGAACCUUGACCAUAUAAAAGAGCGAAUGCUCCUGCUUCACAAACAUUCACAACAAAAUGAUCGUACUAACGGUACUAUUCGCAACUCUGCUAGCUGUUUCUUCAGCAUUACCAUCGCCAAAAGAUGGACGAGUAGUCAACGGACAAACGGCUACCCUGGGACAGUUCCCAUUUCAAGUGCUGCUGAAGGUCAAUUUUGUACCGGGUGGGAGUGCUCUCUGCGGUGGUAGUUUACUGAGUGAUCAAUGGGUUCUGACGGCAGGUCACUGUACGGAAGGAGCAUCCUCUUUUGAAGUUCACCUGGGAGCAGUUGAUUUCGACAACAAGGAAGAUGAUGGUCGCGUUGUUCUGACCGCAACGGAAUACUACCGCCACGAAAAUUAUGAUCCUCUAUUCGCCACUAAUGACGUGGCCGUGGUCAAGCUACCCCAACCGGUGGAAUUCAACGACCGUGUCCAGCCCGUGAAGCUGCCAAAGGGAAGUGACAGCUUCUCUGACCGUAAAGCUGUUGUGAGUGGGUGGGGUCUUCAGAAAAAUGGAGGAAAGGUAGCCGAGAAGCUGCAAUACGCCCCUUUGACGGUGAUCAGCAAUGACGAGUGUUCAAAGACAUUCAGUGCGUUGGUGAUCAAACCGUCCACCCUUUGCGCCGAGGGAGAACAUGCCGAAUCACCGUGCAACGGAGACUCUGGUGGUCCACUAGUUUUGGAGGGAGGUAACGUGCAAGUAGGAGUUGUCAGUUUUGGCCAUGCGGAAGGAUGCGAACUUGGAUACCCCGUAGCGUUCGCUCGGCUGACGUCUUUCGUCGAUUGGGUGAAGGAGAAAACUGGACUGUAAACCAAUUGACGGAGUAAACGAUUUCUAUAUGGGAAAAUGAUCUAGAGUUGACAAAUGAA